CCAUACAUCAUAAUGGAAACGACGGCAGCUGCCGAGGAGCAAUUUGUUUCCGAGAAGCCACAAGUUGCCGUUGAGGACGCAACGGCGAAGCCACCGCCGGCUGUGUCUGCUGUUGCUGGGACUACUGCUGCUAACAAUCAAAGAUCAGGAGGAUCCCAUGACAGAGACGCUGCCCUCUCGAGGCUCGAAGGCGACAAGAAGCUGUCUUUCGUCAAGGCAUGGGAGGAAAGCGAAAAGGCCAAACUGGAAAACAAGGCCCAAAAGAUCCUGGCUGAAGUCGACACAUGGGCGAACACAAAGAAGGCAUCACUCGGACACCAACUGACAAAGGUCGAGGAGCAACUGGAGAAGAAGAAAGCAGAGCAUGUAGAGAAGAUGAGGAACAAGAUAGCACUGAUUCACAAGCAGGCUGAGGAGAAGAGGGCCGUGGUUGAAGCACGGCGUGGACAGGAUAUCCUCAAGACUGAGGAAAUGGCGGCAAAGUAUCGAGCAACCGGCCACCUUCCAAAGAAGGGUACAUGUGGAUGCUUCGGAGGGGGCUGA